AUGGCGGUGGCUCCUGCCGGCAGCGGGCCGCACGCAGAGUCCAUCCUCUGUUCCCUGAGCCCGGAGGAGGUGGAUAUGCUGCGCGACGCAUUUAUUUACCUGGACCGCGACAAUGAUGGCCACGUAAACAAGGAGGACUUGCUGGGAAUGGUGCGCCGGUGCGUCGGUGAUGAGCGGUUUUUCCCGCUGAAGGAGUAUCUGGUGCCACUCUUUGAGGUGGCCGACAAGGACAAGGACAACAGACUGAGUCUCACGGAGUUUUUGCUUUCGUUCGCGGAUGGGCCAGGGGUGGUUCCCGCGGAGGUCAUCAGCAGCUGCGUGUCCUCCAUCCGUGUGCGUCUCACGGAUGAAGAAAUUGAGACGCUACAGGAGACGUUCCGCCGCAUUGACACAAAGGAAGACGGCUUUAUUGACAAGGAGGAGCUCACCAUCGCGCUCAAGGAAAAUCUCAAGUACCGUUUUCCAGACCUGCGUGACAACAAUUUCAACGACAUUGUGGCGGUUAUUAUGGCCAGCGCCGACACCGAUCGUGAUGGCCGUUUGUGCCUCUCUGAGUUCAUUCGCUCCUUUCAAGAAGACCAGGGCGUCCUACCGGCGGCUUUUCUGGAUGCCGGGGCGCGCAGGUUGGUACAGAAACUUACACCUGCCGAGAUUGACGUUCUCACCGAGGCCUUUGCCGUGCUGGAUAGGGACCAUGACGGCUACGUGAAGGCGACCGACAUCUACGAUGCACUGUGGGAAACGCUUUUUGACGGCACACAGGAUAAGAACCAGAUCAGUGAGCUUUGCGACCUAAUCAUGGUUACCGCCGACCGCGGAAACCGGGGGAUGUUGACUUUGGCUGACUUUGUGCGUGGAUUUGUUCGGAAUAUUGCCCUGAGCCAGCUUCCUGUUGCGGCAGCGCAAGAGAAGAUGCAGCUUGCCUGCGAUAAACUGCAGGAAAUGCUUCAAAGUGGUGAGCUGGAGCGGCUUUCAGUGGUGCCUGACGACGGUGACGAGAACGCGACCUGCGUGAACCCGAGCAACCUGGUCAGCGUCCUCAGCGAUGUCUUUCGGGAUGUCUUCCCCCUCUUGGAGGAGGAGGUGCUUUCCGCCGUCAUUGGCGCCGUUGUGGUGGCUGCCGACAACGAAAGCGACAAGAAGAUUUCAUUGGAGAGCUUCAUCCACUGCUUUGCCGAAGGACCACGCAUCCUUUCCAUCGAUUCCUCCUCCUCGCCAACGUCCAAAAGCUUGACCGAUGAUGAGCUUCUUGUUGUUUCACAGGUGCUCCAGGAGUUGGGCAAGGAGGCUAAUAGUGACGGGUGUGUGCAGGAGCCAGAGGUGCUGGAGGCCCUCCGAAACGUCUUUCGCGGGGAUACAAAGCAGGCAGAUCGCGUUCUUCAAUACGUGCGUGAUAACAUAUUUCGACAGAACUCAACCAGCUCGUUGAUGGUUGAGACCUCUGUGGCUGACGUAGCGAGCGACAAUGAUGGCGCUGCGGACCCUCGUCUAAGGCCGGCGCCGGCGCCACAGGAGGCAAAUGUGGAGACAGCGAACCCCGCGCCAAGGUCCGAGGCGGAUGCGGCACACGAGUUUGCACCAAAGAGCAAUAAUAAGGCCACCGCGAUUGUUGUCGCCCGCCCGAGCGCAAAGAUGCGGGAGUUGUGCUCCUUUGGUACGAAUGCCACGGUGUCAGAUGUACUGAUGAGGCAACACGCCAGACGCUACUUGGACAGCGUCUACGACACCGCCGAUAACGCCGUCUUUGAGGAUGAGUUGCGGGCGGAGUUCAGGAAGUACGCCGACGGAAACAAAGAUUAUAUUGACCGUGACAGGUUUAUCAAGGCCUAUAUGUCCAUGGAGCAUUAUGGCUUGACCCCAACGGAGAAUGAAGUCAACCGGCUUAUAUCUCGCUACUGUGCCGGGAGCAAGGUGACCUAUGACGAAUUCUGCAUCAUCAUGCUGCGACGUGCCCGUAUGUAG